UUCUUACCUACGCAUAUACACUGUGAAGCGUAAACACAGCCAGUGACUGAGUUUGUAUCCAAUGGAAGUUUAUAUGUCAAAGCGUCGAAAGUGUUCUUUAGUGCUUUAAUUUAAUGUGACGAAAGAAUAUGUGAUGUUGUACUCGCUUGGCGUUCCGUAUUAAAACAGUAAUUUACUUGUUUUCGAAUUCUUGGGAAGUCACAAGGACAAGUUUGAAAAACAAGAGGAUAGGAGAAAGUUUAGUGCGUCGUCACAGGAAGGUUUACAAAUGACAUCGGUUGAUUCUGGCGUUGAAACUGGCAAUGACAGUAAUGAUAGUUGUGCGACACAUGAUCCACAGUCACCAACACUUGAAAUAACCCCAGCAAAAUUAAUUACGACGACUACGACCGACAUACAACAGACCCUUACUGUGUGUCAAACAGCAGUUGACAAAUCAUGUUCGACGACGGAUCAUGAUAUCCAGUUUCCACUAGUCAGGAUAAAGCCAGAUGACAAGGUUGUAAAUUUCCUGCUCCCUCUUCAAAGACCAAUUCCUGGAAUCGAUCCACCAGCUGGACUCACAUUCUGUAAUGUACAGCGCACAAGUCUUGGUCUUGGAAAUGGUUAUGAAGUGGUCAGGGCUGAGAACAAAGGUUAUGAUCUGACAGCUGUGUACCAGAAAUUUGAACUUCAGAGGAAACUCCGAGCUGUGCGGUGCAGGCUGAAGACUACUCGUGAAGCGUGGUUGCAGUUUAAAGGACCUCUCAAUGAGCGGAAGUUAAGACAUGCAUGCUCCACAAACAAUUUAGAUUUGGUUCAAGCCUUACUUGACAUGGGCGUCAACCCGAACUGUUAUGAUGAUCAGCGCAGAUCACCAUUACAUCUUGCUGCAUGCCGCGGAUACGCUGAUGUUGUGAAACUACUACUAGACAAAGGAGCAAACCCUAAUCAGAGAGAUUCUCUUGGAAACACGCCUCUCCAUCUGGCUGCAUGCACAAACAAUCUGAGUGUUGUGACACUGCUACUGAAGGCUGGAACUGAUGUAAGUUCGUUGGACUUGUUUGGACGAAAUCCAUUGCAGCUUGCUCAGGCAAAGCUGAAAUUGCUACAAAGAGGAAGUGACAAUGAAGAUUCAAAAUUUAUUAAAGGCGAAGUGCAAAAGGUCAUAGACAUGAUGAUGGCAUAUCUGCAAAAGAAAGGCCAACAAAUGGAAAUGGAGCUUUUAACUGCAUUCUCAUCCCGUGUGACCCUAAGCAACUCAAAAGAAGAAGUUGAAACUGAUGUGCGAGACUUGUUGGCGAGUCUUAACAAUUUGACCUUGGAUACAAAGAAAUGAUUAUUUUUGAAGAAGGCAGCUUGUGAUUUUGAUGAAGUCAAUUUUAGAUAUUUGGAUGUGACACAGUGCUUAUAAAAUUUUCUGCAUACUUUCUCUGUUUUAGUAUCUGUACUUAUAAUAGUGGCUGCUAUAGGAUUGAGUACCUCUUCUGUUCCUUGUGUUUGUAGAUAGUCCACACUAAAUAAGAAUGUGGUUGUGAAAGAUGAACUGACAUAAUCAAGCAGUUGUCUUAUAUUUUUAGCUAGUUUCAUGAUUUUAGUAUCCUGCUGCAUAAGGCAGGUAGCUUGUGAAACAGUCUAGUAACUUAGGUAAGUAGAUUUAUUUUCAAAAAAAUAAAAAAGUAAGGACAGGAUCGGUUUGCAUUUGUUGCAAACUCACUCAAUGAUAUUAUCAAUAUGACUGAUACUGCAGUAUUGUUGUAUAUCUAAAGGACAUGAUACUUAUUAUACUUGGAGUGUUAAUCUUCACUGCCACUCUUUGUAUGUGUGUGUGUUGUGCAUUAUAAAAAGAUUUUCAUACUAAUCCAUUUUCUAUGUCAGUGUUUAGAGUUUAAAUGAGGUACCAAGAAAGAAGGUUUUUUUUUCCUUUUUUGUACUGUCAUAUUUACAAACUUAUUUAUUACAGAAAUGUAGUAAGUAAAGAUGCAUCAUAUGUUAUUGUUAUAAAUGUCUAUCAGAAGCCAUUCACGUUGAUGAAGCCAAAAUAUUUUAAUAAUCUGACUAUUCAGAUGGACUGCACAAACUACUUACAAUACUACAAAGUUUCAUCUUUUUCGCAUAAUAGUACACACUUAAAAAGCUGACUGAAAAAAAGAAACGAAUUAAUUUCAGUUGUGACAGCAAUGUAUGAUGUUUCUCGCAUAAAACUGAUCACAUAAUUACACUGAGACUGAUAAAUAGCAAACAUCAUUUGUGUGUUGAUGGCAACUUGGACAGUUUCUAGGGGCAUGUUAUUCUACAAGUGUUUGCCAAUGAAUGUACAUGUGACGUUUAAGUAUCCCAUGUCCAUGAUCUUGUAACAGGUAUUUACACAAUUAUUAAGCUAUUCUUGGGAGUAUUUGUGUUCGUUAUCUUGAAAUUUUGCUGUUACAUUACAGCAAAUGUAAGAUGAAGAAGGGAAGAAAGAGAAAAUAUUAUUCUUAGUGAAAGAGAGUGUUGAAUUUUUAAUGAGGAUUCAAAAUUAAGAGAGAUGGGGAUUUCAGUUUAUUGGCUGGAAAAUUUCUCUUGUACAUUUGUACAUGUAUUUUGUUUUGCAAUUUAAAGAAAGUUUGUUUGUAAUGUAUUCAAAGUGUAUUAUAUUAACAUGAACAGUCACUUCAUACCUUGUAGAAAUGUAAAUCAAA